AGUUCCAUGCUCCACCGUUGCCGGACCUCUUGGUGUCUCAGCCUAACGUCGGUGUUGCAAAUUGUCUUCAAGCUGAACGUUAUUUAUUUACGCAGAAACUGUUUAUCUGAUGUUUAUCAUCCGGGUGUGACGCGGCCUGUUUCCCCCGGGAGACAUGAACACGUAGCUGUCGGUUCUGCAGAAGGUGGGACAGCGUUAGCCGUUAGCUGUUAGCUUAGCCUCUCAGGCCGGGCUGUAUGUGAGCACACAGGCCGUGCUCACCGCCUCGCUCUCGAACAAUGUACCCCUCCUGGGGGAAUUACGCUGGAUCUCAUUCGCAAAACUAUGGAGGUCCUGGGCCUCGUAAAUCUCCGGGUGCCGCCCCUGCCACGGGAUUCGGCGGCUUCGAAGCCCCGUCCGGCGGCGGCGUUGCUGGUGGUGGUGGAGGAGGAGGAGGAGGCAGUGGUGGUGGUGGUGGUGGCGGUGCCGGUGGUGCCGGUGCCGGCUCGCUGUUCUCCAGCCUUCAGGAGCAGCACCUCCAGCAGAUGCAGCAGCUGCAGAUGCUGCACCAGAAGCAGCUCCAGUCGGUGUUGCAUCACGGUAACAGCGCCGGGGCCUACGGUGGUGGGUACCCGGGCUCCCAGUGGGACUCCGAGGCUCCGGGACAUAUAGAGGGCAGCACUGGAGCUCAGACCUACGGGACACAAGACGGUAUCCCGGCCCCUCCGACCAGAGCUCCCCCUGCUCCCACGCCGGGUCACCAGCAGCCGCCUCCGCCGCCACCACAGCCUCACGUUGCCGAGCCACAACCUCGCCCUCCUCCUCCGGAGCCUCCGUCAGCAAAGCCCCCGGAGAAUUACGAUGGUUCCAAAGAGGCCAACAAGAAGGAUGCAUCCAUGACGGAAAACGAGAAAUCUUCAGCCUUACAGGAUCAACAGCAACGUUGGUACAAACAGCAUCUUCAGAAUCUACAGAGGUUGAAGCAGGAGAAAGCCAAACAGAAUCAAAAAGAGGGUGAUGGCCAUGUGCUGCCACCACCAGGUCAGGCAGUUCCUCCUCCGCCUCCGUCAGAACCACCAAGAAACGCACCACCUCCACCCCCACCAAGAGAUGACCCCCCAGCACCUCCUCCACCACCUGACGAAACAGGGCCUGAAGACCCACAUGACCCGGUGGAGGCUGCCCGCCUCCAGCAGUUACAGGUUGCAGCAGCACAGUGGCAGCAUGUGCAACAGCAGAGAGCAGGCUUACAAUACCAGGCUCUGAUGCAACAGCAUGAAAAGCUGCAACAGAUCCUGGAGAAAUACCAACAGCUGAUUCAGCAACCAGCAGACCUUCAGUCAAUGUCUCCUGAAAUGCAGCUGAGGCACUAUGAAAAACAACAACAACAGUUCACCCCCUUAUUUCAAGACUGGGAUCGCUCAUUUGUCCUGUGGUAUGAGCAGUUCAAGACCUAUCCCCACAAAGACCAACUGCAGGACUAUGAGCACCAAUGGAAGCAGUGGCAGGAGCAGAUGAAUGCCACCAAUGCCCACCUUCAAGAAAGGGUGGCCGCUCUGACUGCCAUGGUGCCAUUUCCCUCAGGCCAGUAUAAUAGUGGGAUGAUGGGGCAAUAUGGCCAGUUCCCUGGACAAGACAUGAACAUGCAGCAGCAGUCACUAAAUGCGGGUAUACAGCAUUCCACAGGUGCUGUUGGUCCCAGAUCUCAAGGUCCACUGCCUACUGGGUUUGGGUCACAACAGGAAUCACCUGCUGGACCCCCUGUGAGAGGAAUUGGCCCCGCAGGCAUAGGAGUACAACCUUCAGGUCCCCCCACAAUUCAACCACCAAGCUUCAACAUUGCACAAGGUCCACGAUUUGACCAGCCACAGCAGCGCUUUGAUGGUCCCCCAAGGUUCGACCAGUCCGAGCAGCGCUUUGAUGGUCCCCCAAGGUUCGACCAGUCCCAGCAGCGCUUUGAUGGUCCCCAAAGGUUUGACCAGUCCCAGCAGCGCUCUGAUGGUCCCCAAAGGUUCGACCAGCCACAGCAGCGCUCUGAUGUUCCCCCAAGGUUCGACCAGCCACGUCAGCGCUCUGAUGGUCCCCAAAGGUUCGACCAGACACAGCAGCGCUCUGAUGGUCCCCAAAGUUUUAACCAGCCACAGCAGCGCUCUGAUGGUCCCCCAAGGUUCGACCAGCCGCAGCAGAGCUCUGAUGUGCCCCCAAGGUUCGACCAACCUGAGCAGCGCUCUGAUGGUCCCUCAAGGUUCCACCAGCCCCAGCAGCGCUUUGAUGGUCCCCCAAGGUUCAACCAACCACAGCACCGCUUUGAUGGUCCCCCAAGAUUCAACCAACCACAGCAGCGUUUUGAUGGCCCCCCAAGGUUUGACCAGCCACAGCAGCGCUUUGAUGGUCCCCCAAGGUUUGACCAGCCACAGCAGCGUUUUGAUGGUCCUCCACGGUUUGACCAACCACGGCCGCAAUUUGAUGGUCCUCCCAGAUUUGACCAACCACGGCAGCGCUUUAAUAGUCCUCCCAGAUUUGACCAAUCACGGCAGCGCUUUGAUGGUCCCCCUCGAUUUGGGCAGCAGCCAAGGUUUGAGCAACCCCCUAGGAAUCCUGGCCCUCCACCUCGUUUUGAGCGCCCACCUUUGCCCCAGCAAAAACCACAGCAAGGCACCCAACCUAAAGCAGAAAUGGGCACUAAAACCCCUGUUGACGUGGACUCCAAGAAAUCUGACAAAUCAGAUGUGCAACCACAAUCCGAAAAAGAAAAUAGCAAAUCAAGGCCAGAUGGUAAGGCCAAAGGUGUAGACUUGACAGAUGAUAACUUGCUUGAAAAUGACGGUUUUUUUGUCCAAAAUGACCCCAUUCCUCAGACAUUACAGACAAACAAAAAUGUAAAGGAGCCAGAUUCCAAUAAAUCGUCUGUUGAUGGUGUAAAUCCCGAACCUCUUAAAAACAAGCCUUCAGUAACUGUUUCCUCUUCUACUGUGGCAUCAAAAACGACUGCUCCUGAUACAGCCGGCAAAUCACAGGAAAAAUUGGUAAACAACAAAACCCCAAUGGUUCAAAAGCCCCCAGGAAUCAAACAGGAGCCACAAGCUUCUGGCCAAAUGCAGUCAAGACCUGAGCCUCCAAGACCUAUCCCUGGGAGGGGCCGAGGUCAGCCCCCAGUGCCUGUUCACGUGCCUGGACGUGGCCGUGGGCAGAGGGGCCGUGGAGAGUUUAGAGGAGCAAACACGGUCCCGCUAGGGGAGGAGAUGGCAGGAAUGUCUUAUGACUAUAUGCCACCCGAAGAGGACUCACAGAUACCAGAAGAUCAGGAAGAAAGUCACUGGGAAGAUCCCUCAUACGUGGAGUUUGCUUGUGAGGAUUCUGAGGUGCCUACUGAAGAAGUGUGGAUGCCAGAGGAAGAUCACUUCCAAACAGAGGAAGAGUAUUAUGAAGAGCCAAUAGGAGGACUGCCUAUGGGGAGAGGAAGGCCCCCAAUGAUGAGAGGAAGGCCCCCGAUGAUGAGAGGAGGGCCCCCGAUGAUGAGAGGUGGACCACCUAUGGGUAGAGGAGGGCCCCCAAUGAUGAGAGGAGGCCCACCUAUGGGUAGAGGAGGGCCCCCAAUGAUGAGAGGAGGCCCUCAUAUGGGUAGAGGUGGCCCUCAUAUGGGUAGAGGUGGACCACCUAUGGGAAGAGGGGGUCCUCCAAUGGGAAGAGGGGGUCCCCCAAUGGGAAGAGGAGGAGGACCACCAAUGGGAAGAGGAGAUCCAAUGGACAUGCACUGGGAAGGACCUGAGUCAGCUGAGUACUCGGAGGAAGUGGACCCUUACUGGGGAGAAAGGAGACCAUUAAUGAGAGGUAUGAGACCCCCGUUUCCACCUGGCCGUGGUCGCCCUCCACGUGGUCAUCCUGGUUUCUUGCAUCAAGGACGAGGACGCCCCCCUCAUCCCCCACACGGGCCAAUGGAUCACGACCCGUUAGGGCACGGAAUGGACACUGAUGAUCCUGAGGCCGAUGCAGCAGGACACCCCAUGUACCAUGGACAUGACCCUCACAGCCAUCCGAUGCAUCCUGAUGUAGGAAGAGGUAGACGUGUGCCACCUCCACACCACGAAAUGAUGGAUUCUAUGGAGGAGCAUAUGUAUGAUGAAGGAAUGGAUGGAUGGCGGCCACCACAUGGCAGAGGACCUCCUCCGCCUCCACAUGAGUUGAUAGAAAGGGGAGGAGUGAGGAGGAGACCUAUGGGAAGAGGGAUGUGGCGGCCAGGUCCAACGCAUGAACAAUUUGAAGAGGGGUAUAAUAAGGGUUUCGUUGAGGAUUAUGGCCAUGGUGUUGACAGAUUUAGCUGGCGGCCACCACAGGACGGUCCUUCUAAUGAGGCCAAGUACUAUGAUUCUGAAUGGGACAGAGAUCGUGCUCUACCUGAAAGGGACUACCCUCCCCGCAGGGCUCCAUCGGAGACCUUCAGGGAUGGUCAUUGGCCAGAGGAAAGUGAAAAAGAAAAAGGUCCCCCAUAUCAAUUUGAUGAGCAUGAACGGGGAAGAGGAGAGCUUAGAAUCCGCGAAUACAGGGAAGAGCCACCAUACCGCCAGGAGGAGCCCCCGUUCCAACCAUCACCUUCAUCUGACUGGGAUAGAUCUUCAAGACUCCUUCCAGCACCAGAAAGAGGGUAUCCACCUGAAUUUGAAGAUCGCAAACCUCGCUAUGAUGAGCACAGGGAAGAGCUUUCUUCUGAUAAACGUCAACCACCAGCCCCGACUGCACCUGUCACAAACAUACCAGAGAGCUCAGUUGAACCAGCAUCAGGAGCGGCCGGCGCUAAUGUACUUGCUCUCUCCCAACGGCAACAUGAGAUCAUCUUGAAAGCUGCUCAAGAGCUUAAACUGAUAAGAGAACUACAAGAGGGGAAGAACCCUGGUCCUGAACCCCAGCCUGCACCAAGUGACAUCUUGCCUGAUCUUCCUGCUGGUCUCCUCGGUUUGGAGAUCCCACCGGACGUCAGGAAUGUUUUGAAGGGCAUGAGUGCAGCCGGACUGACUGCUACAACUGAACCUGUCACUUGGGAUUCAAAGCAUUCUGCCCGAGAUUACCAGCCAGCCCUCCCUGCUGCUCACAGAGCUUCAGUGAUUCCAAAGACUGUGGAAUAUGGGCAUGGACAUGAGCCUGGUGCCACUGUUGAGCGGAUGUCUUAUGGUGAAAGAAUUGUGCUGAGGCCUGACCCAGUGCAAUCAGACAGGGGUUAUGAAAAAGAACCUCUUGGUCUCAGAGAUCCUUAUGGCAGAGACCCUUAUUAUGAUAGACGAUCUGACCCUUACAUGGACCGUCGGGAGUACAGUAGAGAGAGGGACUUGUACAGAGAAAAGCCUCCACCUGAAUAUGAAAGAGAGAGAUUCGAGAGGGAGCGCUAUCCUCCAAGAGAAAGAGAUGACAGCACACACUCCAUGGUUGAUGAAAGAUCUCCACUGGCACCACAUAUACGCUCAGCAUUAAGGGAUCGAGAGUGGGAUCUUCGUGAUCGUGACCGCAGUGGCAGUCGUGAUCGAGAUGAGCAUUACGGAAGGCCAGGCUACGACAGACCUCCCUACGAGCGGGCCUCACUGGACCGCAGUGGGCCUGAGCGUUACAGUCACAGCACAUCACCUUACGCGGAAAGAAGAAGUUAUCCAGAGGACAGAGGGCCUCCCGUUGCACCCCCUCUACCACCACCACCUCAGCCCCCCCCACGAGUCGAGAAGAAGCCAGAAAUCAAGAAUAUUGACGAUCUCCUCAAACCACCAGGCAGAUUAACUCGACCUGAGAGGAUAGUCAUCAUAAUGAGAGGCCUUCCAGGAAGUGGAAAAAGCCAUGUUGCAAAGCUCAUACGGGACAAGGAAGUCGACUGUGGUGGUGCCCCCCCGAGAGUUCUUGUUUUGGACGACUAUUUCAUGACGGAGACUGAGAAAGUUGCUAAAGACCCCGACACGGGGAGGAGAGUCAAAUCCAAGGGUCUUGAAUAUGAGUACGAGCCGGAGAUGGAGGACACGUACAGGAGCAGCAUGCUGAAGACAUUUAAGAAAACUCUGGAUGACGGCUUUUUCCCCUUCAUCAUUUUAGACACUGUUAAUGACAGAGUCAAACAUUUUGAUCAGUUCUGGAGUGCAGCGAAAACUAAAGGCUUUGAGGUAUAUCUGUCUGAAAUCACUGCAGACAUUCAGACUUGCUCAAAAAGGAAUGUCCACGGGCGUUCGCUUAAGGAUAUAACGAAGAUGUCCAACAACUGGGAGCCUGCGCCACGUCACAUGGUUCGCUUAGAUGUCCGGUCCCUGCUUCAGGAUGCUGCUAUAGAGGAGGUUGAAAUGGAAGACUUCAAUCCCGAUGACGAGCCCAAGGAACCCAAGAGAGAGGAGGAAGAAGAGGGAGAUCUGGGCUACAUUCCAAAAAGCAAAUGGGAGAUGGACACGUCUGAAGCAAAACUUGACAAGUUGGACGGUCUUGGGAGCAGCGGGAAGAGGAAACGUGAAGGUGAACACGCGGCAGACCUGGAAGACUAUCUUCAGCUGCCGGACGACUAUGCCACACGCAUGUCUGAACCAGGAAAGAAACGGGUUCGAUGGGCUGAUCUUGAAGAGCAGAAAGAAGCAGAUCGAAAGCGUGCGAUCGGCUUUGUGGUGGGUCAAACGGACUGGGAGAGAAUAACGGAUGGGAGCGGCCAGCUGGCGCAAAGAGCUCUCAACCGUACCAAAUAUUUCUAAGAAGAUAAUCUUAUCCCCCUUUUUUUUCCUAAUAGAAAGGUGCACAGAAUGUGAAAUGUGUCGCUGACGCUCACUUACGCUGAAAAAAGAGACUCAUCGAGGUGAUGAUCACCUGUAGAUUCUUGGUUAUUCCUGGAAGAGGAUGCGGUGUACGUGUCCUUCUUAUUUUUAAAAAGACACUCUGAUUAUUCAAUGAUAUGAACUUGUAGAUUACGAUUCUGUGCUGCUUCUGGUCAUCCUGUAUUCAUUCAUGUUCUUUACUGUUUUAUACUGUUCAUGUUUUAUUUACUGUAUUGUUGCUCUGUCCUGGUCCAUGCAAACUUGGAAAAAAGACAAUAAACGUUUCACAAAAUCACCAACCUGGAGGGUUUCCCUGGAGGAUGUUGUCUGUGCUUUGUGAACAAGAAGAACUACAAGUGUUUAUUCUAAUAACGGUAACGGAAUAGACUAUAAGGGCUUAAACCUAUAGUUCAUCAAUCUGAUCUCCCUUUGUGUUGUUUAAAUAUGAUGGCUGUAAUCAGGUUUACUGUGAAUGAAUCUGUUAGGAAGAUGAAAGAUAAUAAAUGGCAACAUGACAUAUCUGAGA